UUUCACUGAGGGCCGACGACUGCCUCAUUAGCUGGCUAAGUUUUAAUUGGAUUAAGCAGCCACAGUAGUUUAACUGGUUCACUUUGGAGGCUGAAAUAUACAGAUUGGCCUUUUCCGAUGAAGAAGCGGGGCAAAUGACAUAGGAUGACCCCUGCUGGUCCCCUCUUACUGUCUGUGAUAUCGUCUCUCUUGUGGCUAACGUGGGGCUUCGACCCAGCUCCCAGCGCCUGCUCAGCUCUGGCCUCCGGGGUUCUCUACGGCUCGUUCUCGCUCAAGGACCUCUUCCCCACCAUCGCCACCGGCUGCUCGUGGACCCUGGAGAACCCCGACCCCACCAAGUACUCCCUGUACCUCAAGUUCAACCGGGAGGAGCAGGUGUGCACCCACUUCUCCCCCAUGGUGCUGCCGCUCGACCAUUACCUCGCCAACUACACCUGCGGCCCGCAGGGAGAGGCGGGGCCGCCCCCCCGGGGCCAGGAGGACGGGGAGGAGGAAGGGGAGGCCCGACUGGAGCUGUGCCAGGGCGCCAGCCCCAUCACCUUCCUGCACUUCGACAAGAACUUUGUGCAGCUGUGCCUGGCCGCCGAGCCCGAGGCCGCGCCCCGGCUGCUGGCCCCCGACGCCCUGGAGUUCCGCUUCGUGGAGGUGCUGCUCAUCAACAACAACAACUCCAGCCAGUUCACCUGCGGGGUGCUGUGCCGCUGGUUCGAGGAGUGUCUGCGGCUGGGGGAGCGGGGGGCGCGGCGCUGCGGCCUCACCCAGGCGGGCUGCAGCUGCCAGGCCGAGGUCCCGCCGGUGCCCCGGCAAAACGAGACGCUCUCCAACGCCCUGCCGCCAGCCGGCGCCCCGGCCGCCACGAGCAGCAGCCAGUGCUGCGUGACCGAGCUGCAUUCUGGGAAUGCGAAUGAUUUAUACGCGCCGGAGAUUAAAUACGGCGAGGAUGUGGAAGAGAAUCAGAAGGUGAAAACUCAGUGGCCGAGGUCGGCGGACGAACCCGGGGUUUAUAUGGCCCAGACAGGAGACCCCGCCGCGGAGGAGUGGUCCCAGUGGAGCGUCUGCUCCCUGACGUGUGGGCAGGGCUCCCAGGUGCGCACACGCUCCUGCGUCUCGUCUCCCUACGGGACACUGUGCAGCGGGCUGCUGCGGGAGACGCGGAUAUGCAAUAACACCGCCACCUGCCCAGUGCACGGCCUGUGGGAGGAGUGGUCCCCGUGGAGUCUGUGCUCCGUGACCUGCGGGCGAGGGGCCAGGACGAGAACCCGGCAGUGCGUAGCCCCGCAGCACGGCGGGAAGGCCUGCGAGGGCCCCGAGGUGCAGACUAAGCCCUGCAAUAUCGCAAUCUGCCCUGUGGAAGGUCAGUGGCUGGAGUGGGGCUCGUGGAGCCGGUGCUCGGUGUCGUGUUCCAACGGGACCCAGCAGCGCACGCGCAAAUGCAGCGUCUCGGGCCACGGCUGGGCGGAGUGCAAAGGAGCCCACGCCGACGCCAGGGAGUGCACCAGCCCUGACUGCCCAGUCGACGGCAAGUGGGGCCCGUGGAACCACUGGAGCUUGUGCUCCAAGACGUGCGACACGGGCUGGCAGAGACGUUUCCGGAUGUGCCAGGGCACGGGCAUGCAGGGCUACCCGUGCGAGGGCUCCGGAGAGGAGGUCAAGACGUGCAAUGAGAAGAAGUGCCCAGCCUACCACGAAAUGUGCAAGGAUGAGUACGUCAUGCUGAUGACCUGGAAGAAGACGGCCGCUGGCGAGAUCAUCUACAACAAAUGCCCACCCAACGCCACCGGCUCCGCCAGCCGCCGGUGCCAGCUGAACGCCCAGGGGGUGGCGUACUGGGGCGUGCCCAGCUUUGCCCGGUGCAUCUCCCACGAGUACAGAUACUUACAUCUCUCACUGCGGGAGCACCUGGCCAAGGGGCAGCGCAUGCUGGCGGGCGAGGGCAUGUCGCAGGUGGUGCGCAGCCUGCUGGAGCUGGUGGCCCGCAGGACGUACUACAGCGGGGACCUGCUCUUCUCAGUGGAGAUCCUGCGCAACGUCACCGACACCUUCAAGAGGGCCACCUACGUCCCCUCCUCCGAGGACGUGCAGCGCUUCUUCCAGGUGGUCAGCUACAUGGUGGACUCGGAGAACAGAGACAAGUGGGAGGACGCCCAGCAGGUGUCCCCCGGCUCCGUGCACCUCAUGAAGGUCGUGGAAGAUUUCAUCCACCUGGUGGGGGAUGCGCUGAAGGCCUUCCAGAGCUCCCUCGUGGUUACCGACAACCUGGUGAUCAGCAUCCAGAGGGAGCCCGUCUCGGCCGUCUCCAGCGACAUCAACUUCCCCAUGAAGGGGCGCCGGGGCAUGAAGGACUGGGCCCGCCACUCGGAGGACAAGCUCUUCAUCCCCAAGUCGGUGCUGAGCCUCUCCUCCUCUGAAAUGGACGAGUCGUCGUACUUUGUGAUCGGGGCCAUCUUGUACCGCACGCUGGGGCUCAUCUUACCUCCUCCCAGGAGCCCCUUGGCCGUCACGUCCCGAGUGCUCACCGUGACCGUGCGCCCGCCGACCAAGCCCACGGAGCCCCUGAUCUCUGUGGAGCUGUCCCACAUGCUCAAUGGCACCUCACACCCGCAGUGCGUCACCUGGGACUUCUCCAAAGCGGAUGCGGGCCCUGGAAACUGGGACACCGAGAGCUGCCAAACGCUGGAGACCCUCCCGGCUCACACCAAAUGCCUGUGUAGCCACCUCUCCACCUACGCCGUGCUCGCCCAGCUGCCCAAGGACCUGGCCAUGGACCCCUCCGGCACUCCCUCCGUCCCGCUCAUGAUCGGCUGUGCCGUCUCCUGUAUGGCCCUGCUGACCCUGCUGGUGAUCUACGCCACCUUCUGGAGGUUCAUCAAGUCAGAGCGCUCCAUCAUCCUGCUGAAUUUCUGCGUCUCCAUCCUGGCUUCCAACGUGCUGAUCCUGGUGGGCCAGUCCCAUAUGCUCAGUAAGGGCGUGUGCACCAUGACAGCCGCAUUUCUGCAUUUCUUCUUCCUCUCGUCCUUCUGCUGGGUGCUGACCGAGGCCUGGCAGUCCUACCUGGCCGUGAUCGGCAGGAUCCGCACACGCCUGGUCAGGAAGCGCUUCCUGUGCCUAGGAUGGGGUUUGCCGGCCCUGGUGGUUGCAGUCUCUGUCGGCUUCACUCGGACCAAAGGCUACGGAACAGCCAGCUACUGCUGGCUCUCCCUGGAAGGCGGCUUGCUCUAUGCCUUCGUCGGCCCCGCUGCCGUCAUCGUGCUGGUGAACAUGCUCAUUGGGAUCAUUGUCUUCAACAAGCUCAUGUCUCGGGACGGCAUUUCAGAUAAGUCCAAAAAGCAGCGGGCCGGGGCGUCGCUGUGGAGCUCCUGCGUGGUCCUGCCCCUGCUGGCGCUCACCUGGAUGUCGGCCGUGCUCGCCAUGACCGACCGGCGCUCCAUCCUCUUCCAGGUCCUCUUCGCCGUCUUCAACUCGGUGCAGGGCUUCGUCAUCAUCACCGUGCACUGCUUCCUGCGCCGCGAGGUGCAGGACGUCGUGAAGUGCCAGAUCGGGGUGUGCAAGAGCGACGAGAAUGAGAACUCGCCCGACUCCUGCAAGAACGGACAGGUGCAGAUCAUGACAGACUUUGAAAAGGACGUUGACCUGGCGUGUCAGACAGUCCUCUUCAAGGAGGUGAACGCGUGCAACCCCGCCACCAUCACGGGCACCUUGUCGCGCAUCUCCCUGGACGGCGACGAGGAUCCCAAGCUCCACCCCGGCUCCGAGGGAAGCCUGGGCUUCUCCAGCCUCCCGGGGAACAUCCCGCCCACCGGCAUCCUGGUGCAGGUGCCCCCGCUGACGCACAAGGGCCUGAACGAACUCGGCGACCCGCCCGCCAAGAAGGACGUCGGCUUGGACAGCCGGGGGCCCGUCUACCUGUGCACGGACAGCAGCCUGCAGCAGGCCGACUACGGCUGGAUGCGGGCGCCGGAGCCGGCGCUGGAGAGCGACUACAUGGUGCUGCCCCGCCGGACUGUGAGCCUGAAGCCCUUCGGCAGGGAGGAGGGCAGGCUCAACAUCCAGGUGGAUGAGGUGCCACGCGUGGGCAGGGGGCGCCGUGGGGCCGAGGCGGAGGCCUACCCCGGCUUUGUCUCGGUGGACCACAUCAAUGUGAACUUGAACCAGCCCUACGGGACGGUGAAGCACCCCUACGGCCUUCAGUUCAAGCAGCACCCCACGGUCCGGCAGAUCCUGGCCUCGGAGCUCACGGAGCGCAGCCGCACCAUGCCACGCACGGUGCCAGGCUCCGCCAUGAAAGUGGGGUCGCUCGAGAGGAAGCGGUUACGAUACUCAGAUCUGGAUUUCGAGAAAGUCAUGCACACGAGGAAGCGCCACUCCGAACUCUACCAUGAGCUGAACCAGAAAUUCCACACGAUGGAUCGGUACCGGGCACCUGCUACCAAUGCGGCCAAGAGAGAGAAGCGGUGGAGCGUCUCUUCCGGCGGCGGGGAGAAGAGCACAUCCAGCGAAGUCCCCAGGCCGGAGGAGCCGCAGCAGCAGAAGAGCUGGAGCACCUUCAAGGCCAUGACGCUCAGCUCCCUGCCCCCCAAGCGACGGGAGAAGCUGGAGCUGCACUGCGCCAGCUGGGAGCCCCCGUGCAUGAACCUGGACGUGUCAGAGGGGGAUUUCCAGACAGAGGUGUGAGCCGGGGGGAGCUGGGCCCGGCCCGGCCCGGGCAGCCCCCCGCUGCAGAAGGGAAAAGCAAACAAAAGGACAAUCGGAUUUUGUUUCCCUUUUGUGGGGGGGGUUGUUUUCCUCGUUCGGCCAUCGGACUCUGCUCCCCCUGCCGGGGGGUCCGGUGCCCUCCCCGGCGCACCACCCUCCUUUCGCCUUUUGUUGUGGGCUUUCUUUUCUUCUCUUCCCUUCCGACGUCGUCACCGCCGGGCCGCACGCACCCCGGGAGCCACCCCCCCACGCCCGCGGAUGUAGGGUCACGCCCCCCCGGACACGCGCACGCCGGCCGGCCUCCCGCCAGCCCCGCGCUCGGCGUGUGUGCGGCACGUCCUGCCGUGGGGGCUGGGGGGCCGGCUUGGAACUCUUUUGUACCUGGGCAUCUCUUCACGCAGUGCACCGUGUGCACCUGGGACCGACGCCCACGCCCCUCGCCGCAGCCCCACCCCCUGCUCGCCGCGGGGGCACCCGCCCUGCCGCUCGCUGCCCCCGGCACUGUUCUUCCUCCUCACACCUCCGCCCACCCUGCUCCCCCCAGGCGGGAGGGGGCCCUCUCCAUCUCCUCGACCCCGGAGCCCACCUUGGGAGGGGCCCCUCCGCUCCCCGCCCCCCCCUUUCUAUCUCAUGGGGC